CGAGGUCUGCUUGAAGUUCUUUAUGACAUAUUUCGUCUUCCUCUACCUGUUGUAACAGAGGAGUUCAUAGAGGCAUUGCUCAGUGUAGAUCCAGGAAGAUUCCAAGACAGUUGGAGGCUUUCAGAUGGCUUUGUAGCAGCUGAGGCAAAAACUAUUCUCCCUCAUCGUGCCAGAUCUAGACCAGACCUCAUGGAUAAUUAUUUGGCACUGAUACUUUCUGCAUUUAUCCGCAAUGGACUUUUAGAGGGUUUGGUUGAAGUGAUAACGAACAGUGAUGACCAAAUCUCAGUUAGAGCUACCAUACUUUUAGGAGAGCUUCUACAUAUGGUAAGUAUUUCAACUUCACAUCAUCUGUUUCAUACUUGA